CAGUCUCCUAGCCGUGGCGUCUCGGCGGCCCAGAGGCUCUGGCGCCCGCCCCCCGCCUCUGCCCCCGCCCCCGCCCCCGGCUGUGCCCACGCCCUCCGCCCGCCAGCCCGGCAGCCAGCGCAGCGCGGGCCUCGCUCCCCGUGCGUCCUGCGGGGGCGGAGGCGCGGAGAGGCUGCAAGCGCAGCCGGGGAGUGGGGGGGCAGAGGCACAGACAGAGGCGCGGAGGCUCGGAGAGAAAAGACGUGGAGGGAGGGCCGGAGCCUGGACAGCGGUGGACACGGCAUCCUGCGCGGGGAAGAACGCAGCGCGCAGCAGGCGCCGAGUGCCGGGCACCGAGGGGGGCAGCCCUGGUGGUCUCCGGCCGUCCAUGCACAGGGCGCCUUCCCCCACAGCCGAGCAGCCGCCGGGCGGAGGGGACAGCGCCCGCCGGACCUCAAAGCCCAGACUCAAGCCCAGUGCCCGCACCAUGGCCCUGCCUCGGACACUGGGGGAGCUACAGCUGUACCGUGUCCUACAACGCGCUAACCUCCUUUCCUACUACGAGACCUUCAUCCAGCAGGGAGGGGACGACGUGCAGCAGCUGUGCGAGGCUGGCGAGGAGGAGUUUCUGGAGAUCAUGGCACUUGUGGGCAUGGCCACCAAGCCCCUCCAUGUCCGACGCCUGCAGAAGGCACUGAGAGAGUGGGCCACCAAUCCAGGGCUCUUCAGUCAACCAGUGCCUGCCGUGCCUGUCUCCAGCAUCCCACUUUUCAAGAUCUCUGAGACUGCGGGUAGCCGGAAAGGGAGCAUGAGCAAUGGGCAUGGCAGCCCAGGGGAAAAGGCAGGCAGUGCUCGCAGUUUUAGCCCCAAGAGUCCCCUUGAACUUGGAGAGAAGCUAUCACCACUGCCUGGGGGACCUGGAGCUGGGGACCCCCGGAUCUGGCCAGGCCGGAGCACUCCAGAGUCGGACGUUGGGGCAGGAGGAGAUGAGGAGGCUGGUUCACCCCCCUUCUCCCCACCUGCGGGGGGAGGAGCCUCUGAGGGGACUGGGGCUGGGGGGUUGGCAGCAGGUGGGGCUGGGGGGGGUCCCGACCGACUGGAGCCAGAGAUGGUACGCAUGGUGGUGGAGAGUGUGGAGAGGAUCUUCCGGAGCUUCCCUAGGGGGGAUGCUGGGGAGGUCACAUCCCUGCUGAAGCUGAAUAAGAAGCUGGCACGGAGUGUGGGACACAUCUUUGAGAUGGACGAUAAUGACAGCCAGAAGGAAGAGGAGAUCCGCAAAUACAGCAUCAUCUAUGGCCGCUUUGACUCCAAGCGGCGGGAGGGCAAGCAGCUUAGCCUGCACGAGCUGACCAUCAAUGAGGCUGCUGCCCAGUUCUGCAUGAGGGACAACACGCUCUUACUGCGGAGAGUGGAGCUCUUCUCCCUGUCCCGCCAAGUGGCCCGAGAGAGCACCUACUUGUCCUCCUUGAAAGGCUCCAGGCUCCACCCUGAAGAAUUGGGAGGCCCCCCACUAAAGAAGCUGAAACAGGAGGUUGGAGAACAGAGUCACCCUGAAAUGCAGCAGCCUCCCCCAGGCCCUGAGUCCUAUGUACCCCAGUAUCGUCCCAGCCUGGAGGAAGACAGUGCCAGCCUGUCUGGGGAGAGUUUAGAUGGACACUUGCAGGCUGUGGGGUCGUGCCCAAGGCUGACGCCGCCCCCUGCUGACCUGCCUCUGGCAUUGCCAGCCCAUGGGCUAUGGAGCCGCCACAUCCUGCAGCAGACAUUGAUGGACGAGGGGCUGCGGCUCGCCCGCCUCGUCUCCCAUGACCGCGUGGGCCGCCUCAGCCCCUGUGUGCCUGCAAAGCCACCUCUCGCAGAGUUCGAGGAGGGGCUGCUGGACCGCUGCCCUGCCCCAGGACCGCAUCCCGCUCUGGUAGAAGGUCGCAGGAGCAGCGUGAAAGUGGAGGCUGAGGCCAGCCGGCAGUGAGGGGUGGACUGGUGUCCUCAGACCCAGGGCCCCAGACUUCUGGUUCACACAGACCCCACACUCUCCGUCCCCGGAAACCUCAUCACAACCCCCGGAUCCUUCCGCUGCCUUCUCCUGCCUCCCCACCUGCUCCAUGGGCAUAAGACUAUGGGGCUUCAAGCAAUAACGAGCCGAGCAGGGGCCUGGCCUGGCGAGAGGACACAAGGAGGGUGCGUGGUGCCCCUCAUCCCUGCCCAGAUCGAGGGGCAAGGACUCUGCCUCCAGGGCAUUUGGGGUUCUCCCCUCCCUCACACAGCACACUCCCAUUCUCUCUAGGUUUGCACCAGUGGCGUGAGCAGCUGGACUCAGUUUGGACAUGGGGGAAAGUGGGACUUCCCUGGGAAGGUCCAACAGCUAAAAAUGGCAGCAUUUCCCCCCAGAACUGGGGGCCUGGGAACACUGGACUUGCUCCUUCUCCCCUCUCCCUUCCCAUUUUUGUGCUUCUAGUUUGUUUCUUUAAUUUAACACGUGCUGCAGUUUGCCCUCCCAUCCUCAUCUCUCCCCCUGAGUCCUCAGCAGUUCUUUCCCUCCUGCCCUGGGAGGGGGGCAGUGGAUGUGAGAUCCCUUCACUGGCCCUCUAACUCCCUCAGGAGGCCUCGGUUGGACCCAGGGUCUCCCCCAGCAGGGGGCUGGACUGCAGCACCUAUCUGAGCAGUUAGAGCAUCUUUCUUUUCAGAUUGUGUACAGUAGAUUAUUUAUUUUGUUAUUUUGGAAUAAAAUUUAUUUUAUGGCUUAGGA